AGUCGCUGGGGGAGAGCCGGCACGAGGGGCGGUGCGGUGAGCAGCGCGUCUGUGAGUGGCGCGGUGAGAGUGAGACGCCGCCUGUGACAUACAAACGGUGUGCGGACGGCACACAUCACACGGAGCUGCUGUCGGCACCAGCGCGACUCCGAGAACUGCCCCGGGCGGACCUGCGCGGCCGGCCACCGCCGCCGGCAGCCGAGCCGACCCCGCGGCGCCGUCCCCCGCCGUCCGGUGUCGCUCCUCCCUGGACGCCGCCAUGACGGGCGCGGUGCCAGGCGGCAACUACCGCCUCGACGACGACUACCAUGACGCCGACGAGUCGACCCCGCUCCACCAGGAAGACCUCUACGGCGGCAGUCGACGCAGUGUGAUCCCUGAGAUGAAGAAAUGGGACGUUUUCCGCGUCAUCCCACCCGACAACGACUCGGGCUCCGCUGCCAACCAGCGCUGCCUCGACAUCACCAUCAAGAUCGUCAAAGUCAUCGUGUACAUCAUCACCUUCAGCAUCGUGCUGGCCUCGGGCGUCAUCGCCAAAGGAACCACCCUCUUCAUGACGUCACAGCUCAAACAGCACAAGACACUCGAGUACUGCAAUAAACGGAUCGGUCUCGACAAGACAUGGCGGGUGGAGCUGCCCGACGUCGAGAAGGUGGCCUGGGUGUGGUGUCUAUUCUUCUGCUUCAUCACCCCGGAGGCGGGCACCUGGUUUCGAUCCGCCAGGAUGUGCGUCUUCAAGUCGAUCCGACGGCCCGAGUUCGGUCACUUCCUCGUGGUGGCCUUGUUCGAGACGCUGCACACGGCCGGCCUGGCGCUGCUCGUCUUCUUUGUGCUGCCGGACCUGGACGCCGUCAAGGGCGUCAUGCUCACCAACUGCGUCUGCAUCGUACCCGGAGUGCUCGGCAUGCUGUCGCGCACCAGUCGCGAAUCGAGGCGGUUCCUGAAGACGGUGUGCGACAUUGCCGCCAUUCUGGGCCAGGCCACGGGCUUCAUUGUAUGGCCCAUCAUCGAAUACCAGAAGGGCAACGCGGCAGCUUGCUGGGCCAUCCCGCUGGCAGUGGUGCUGACCUCUGUCGGCUGGUGGGAGAACUACGUCGACCGCAAGUCCAAGAUAGGUAUCGUCCAGUACCUGGGGCUAAUCAAGGAGAAAAUGAAGAAGACCCGUUACUGGGUGUACCUCUUCGUCUCCAUCUGGAAAAUCCUCUUCUUCUUUACGUGUAUGGUCUUCUUCAUGUUCCUGCGCCUCGACAAUGUGGGCGACCUCUUCACCAAGUUUACCGACAGCUUCAAUCAGCAUAAAAUAUUCGUCAAUGAGACGUCGCGGGCGCAGCUGGUAUCGGUCACGGACAGCGCCGACUUCAACCAGCUCUUCACUGACACCAAGACCAUCUUCUCCAGCGGCAACACGCCCUUCUACGUGUGCCAAAUACAGAUUGCUGCCGCCUAUUUCGCCUAUAUAUUCGGCAAGUUCGCUUGCAAGAUCUGCAUCCAGGGCUUCAGCUUCGCGUUCCCGGUGAACCUGACGAUCCCGGUGACCCUGUCGCUGCUGCUGAUGAGCUGCGGGCUCCGCUCAGGAGACGCGUGCUUCAUGCAGGACACCAUCCCCGGCUACCUGUUCUUCGAGUGUCCUCGCGGCGACUACAUCACAGACUUCAUCGCCGGAGAGCACGUCUGGAUCUGGGUGCUGUGGCUGUUCUCGCAAACGUGGAUCACGCUACACAUCUGGACUCCGCACUGCGAGCGUCUGGCCACCACCGAGAAGCUGUUCGUGACGCCCAUGUACAACGCGCUGCUGAUUGACCAGUCCCUCGGUCUGAACCGGCGUCAGGACGACGCGCCCGAGCGACUCGAGUCGGACACCCGGGCACCGGACACUGACGAUCCCGACGGAACGCAGCACUACGAGACCAUCAGCAUCCACACCGACUCGUCCAACACGGCCAACGUGCGCGCCACCGACCACAUCACCCGCAUCAUCGCCUGCGCCACUAUGUGGCACGAGACGAGGGACGAGAUGAUGGACAUGCUGAAGUCAGUGCUGCGCAUGGAUGAGGACCAGUCGGCCAUGAAGGUCGCCCAGGAGUACCUCAAGGUGCGCGACAAGGACUACUACGAGUUCGAGACGCACAUCUUCUUCGACGACGCGUUCGAGAUGUCGGAUGAAGACGAAGACGAGCAGGUGGCCAACCGGUUCGUCAAGCUGCUGGUCGAGUGUAUCGACGAGGCGGCCUCCCACGUCCACCAGAUCCCGAUCCGUCUGAGGCCUCCGAUCAAAACGCCGACCCCUUACGGCGGUCGCCUCACCUGGACCCUGCCUGGAAAGACCAAGCUGAUCGCCCACCUGAAGAACAAGAUGUUGAUCCGUCACAGGAAGCGCUGGAGCCAGGUGAUGUACAUGUACUACCUGCUCGGCUACAGGCUGAUGGAGCUCGACAUCUCCGUCGAGCGCAAGGAGAUCAUGGCCGACAACACCUACCUGCUGACGCUCGACGGAGACAUCGACUUCCAGCCGAGCGCCGUCAAACUGCUGGUCGAUCUGAUGAAGAAGAACAGGAACCUGGGCGCCGCGUGUGGUCGAAUCCAUCCUGUCGGCUCCGGACCAAUGGUGUGGUACCAGCUGUUCGAGUAUGCCAUCGGCCAUUGGCUGCAGAAGGCCACCGAACACAUGAUCGGCUGUGUGCUCUGUAGUCCUGGAUGCUUCUCUCUGUUCCGCGCCAAGGGUUUGAUGGACGACAACGUGAUGAAGCGGUAUACGCUGACGUCUCACCAGGCUCGCCAUUAUGUGCAGUACGAUCAGGGAGAGGACCGUUGGCUGUGUACACUGCUGCUGCAGCGAGGCUACCGCGUGGACUACUCGGCCGCCUCAGACGCCUACACCCACUGUCCCGAGGGCUUCAACGAGUUCUACAACCAGCGCCGUCGGUGGGUGCCCUCCACCAUCGCCAACAUCAUGGACCUGCUCAUGGACUACAAGAACACCAUCAAGAUCAAUGACAACAUAUCCAUGCCUUACAUCAUGUAUCAGACGUUCCUGAUGGCCGGCACGAUUCUGGGCCCGGGCACGAUCUUCCUCAUGUUGGUGGGAGCGUUCGUAGCCGCCUUCCGGAUCGACAACUGGACCUCGUUCCAGUACAACAUCUACCCCAUCGUAAUCUUCAUGAUCGUCUGCUUUACCAUGAAGUCAAACAUACAGCUGCUGGUGGCGCAGAUUCUCUCGGCGGCUUACGCGCUCAUCAUGAUGGCCGUGAUAGUCGGUACGACGCUGCAGCUGUACGAGGACGGUCCCGGCUCGCCCUCCUUUAUCUUCCUCAUCGCGACCAUCCUCUCCAUGGUGAUAGCGGCCGUGCUGCACCCGCAGGAGUUCAAGUGCAUCUUCCCCGGCUUCAUCUACCUGCUCUCCAUCCCGUCCAUGUACCUGCUGCUCAUCCUGUACUCGCUGACCAACCUCAACAACGUCACCUGGGGAACACGCGAGGUGCUGGCCAAGAAGACGAAAAAGGAGCUGGAGGAGGAGCGUAAGGCCGUCGAGGAGGCCAAGAAGCGUCCGGACGGCCUGCUCGGUUACCUGUACAACAGCCGGCCGCAGGAGCAGGACGGCUCCAUCGAGUUCAACUUCGCCAACCUGUUCCGCGUCAUGUGCUGCACCUACCCGAAGCAGAUUGACGAGAGGGAGCAGCUGAAGCGGAUCGCUGACUCGCUGGACGCUCUCAACAGACGCAUGGACCUUGUCGAAGGGGGCCACCACCAUCACCAUCACCACCAGCCGGGCCGACGGUCCAGCUUCAGCCGCAACUCUGUGCACGGCGGGCUGAUCAGUCCCGUGAAGGAGGACCGCUCCACCUGCUCCGAGAACAACGACACCAACAGCGACACAUCUGUGGAGCCAAAAGAGCGUCGUGACCACCUGAAGAACCCGCUCUGGAUCGAGGACAAGUCGCUACGGAAGGGCAAGGUGGAAUACCUGCCACCCAACGAGAUCCAGUUCUGGAAGGACCUGAUCGGGCAGUACCUCUGGCCGCUCGACGAGGACAAAGAGGAAAAGAAACGGAUAGCCGAGGACCUGGCCGAGCUGCGGAACCAGUCGGUGUUCAUCUUCCUCAUGUGUAACGCCCUCUUCAUCCUGAUCGUGUUCCUGCUGCAGCUGAACAAGGACAACAUCCAUGUGGACUGGCCGCUGGGCGUCAAGUACAACAUCACACUCAUAGAGGAGACCGGUCAGGUUCUGAUCAACAAGGAGUAUCUGCAAAUGGAGCCGAUCGGCCUGGUGUUUGUGUUCUUUUUCGCGCUGAUCCUGCUGAUCCAGUUUAUCGCCAUGCUGUUCCAUCGGUUUGUGACGCUGUCGCACAUUCUGUCGUCGUGUGAGCUGACCAGCUGCUGCAACACCGAGAGCAAGGAGACUCCCGAGGAGAUGCUCCGUAAGAACGCCGUGGAGAUAGUGAAGAACAUGCAGCGGCUGCGGGACGACCGAGACCGAGCCGAGGCGUACGAGGAGGGGGAGAACCGCCUGGCGCGCCGCAAAACCAUCCAGAACCUGGUCAACCAGCAGCAGAAGCGACAGCCCAUCGGCACCCUGGACGUGGCCUUCCGGAAACGGUUCCAGCAGCUCAGCAGUCAGACCACCGAGGCCACUCCCAUUCUGGGCAACAUGCGGAAGAUCAGUAUGCGCGCGGACGCCCUGAGGGCUCUGGAGCAGAGGAAGAAUUCGGUGAUGCAGGAGCGCCGCAGAAAGCGCAUGGAAACGCUCGGAGCCAACAACGAAUUCAGCAAAAAGCCGAGACACCGGAUCUCGAACGCCUCGGGCGUCAGCAGUCUGCAGGGGGCGUUUAUCCAGCACCGGUCCAGUCCGACACACACUCAGCAGUCACAGUCGCCGUCACGGCACAACGACGGCUACGAGAACAGUUCGGAGGAUGAGGCACUGGUGCUGCCGGCAGUCUGAGCUAGGGAAAUGUAGGCUGAGUUAGAGACAAUGUAGGCCGGGCCUAAGGAUACUGCUGGCUGGGCGGAAAACUGCGGCGGAGUUUAUACAUAGAUACUGCCGGCUGAGUUUAUGAUAUUGCUGGACGCUGGUUAAGGUGACAGAUACUGCCCGCUGAGUUUAAUUAUGCCACCGACUGAGUUGACGAAUACUGCCGACUGAAUCGUCAGACACUGCUGCCUGGGUUUAGUGACACCACUGGUCGAGUCGAAGACACUGCCGUAUGGUGCCCUUGCAAUUACGGUUGGUGGGAGGGAUGUGCCUGUGUCAGCAGCCAUUCCACCGUCCCUGUUCUAUCGGCCGUGAUGCCGAUAGCUCACAGUGAUGAAGAAACAUACAAACGACACCUGUUGGAUAGAUUAUAUCCUAUCUGACUGGUGUGAUGGUGCAAAAGAGGCUCAGACAGGCGGAGGAUGCACAAGCAGAUGUGUACCUACCCUAGACAAUGUCUCCCAGACUGCCUUCUGCUACCUGUUUUGACGUGCAGCUGUGAGGUUUACUGUUUGCAGCGUAGGUAUGCAGCGCUUCCGUCGAUAUUAAUUACAAUCCGAGCUGAUGGCCUGUGGUGUAUCUCAGCGUCUUUAAUCAGGGACCAAAGACGAUCCUUUGCUCUAUGUCGGCCAGCCGUAUGAAGAUCAUUUGUGAGAGUUCUGAAGCGUUUUUUCUUGCGUUUUGUAGUAUUCAGUGUUGUAGACAGGAAACAAUAUUCCGUCCAAAUAAUUCGUACCUUUGUAGGAAAAUGUUCCGUCCCAUUCAACUGUGAUGAGGUAUUUUGAGGCGUCUAGUACUAUUUCUUCCAUGCUGAAGCUUCCAAACUUUUUUAAGCGAUGUGUUGUGUGUAGGUAUUUACGAUGUUGUGAACUUAAAAUGUUGUGUAUGCUUGGUGUCAGUUGAAGAUGUAUUUUAAUCCGCUGUGGAACUUGCUUGCCUUUCUAUGCGUGCCGUCGAACGAAUGAUUGCUGUGCCAGUGAAGGGAAGCGGUAUAUUAGCUAUGAGAGAGACAAUAUAUUUGUAAAUAACGUCCUUUCAUAAUGCCCUUUUGAGUGGUUUCGUCGAGACAAACUAUUCAAAGUCGCUUUACUGAACACGAAACAGGAUAAUAUUUUUUCAGUGAUAACAAGACGGCGCUAAAGAAGACCUUUUGUCGAAUCCGACACGCCACCUGCGCAUCUGUUUUAAUUGAUAUUGGUAUACCCACUAACCAGAACGCCAGAACAGUGGUAUUCACAUCUUAUAUGUAUUAACAACUGUUAAACAUUCGGCAUUAUAUAAAGCCAUACAGAGCAAGUGUGAAACAUUGCAUGAUUACACCGAACCUGCUGAAGCCUAUACGCUAGGCUUCAUUUAUGUGCACAUGUUUAAAUCGUCACUUUUUAAAAGUAUUUUUUUGCGAGAUAGUAUGAGCUUGCGUAACCGGCGGUUUCAUCAUGAUCCUCACGCAUGGUGACGCGGAUGUAAAUCACGAACGUCUUGCAACCAUUGGUAUCGCGCCAACGUUUGCAAUUCGCUCUCUCAUGUGACUUAACGCAAACAUUUUAACAAUCGGUUUCGUUUCGAGUUCGUUCUCAUAUCAAUUAUCACUUAUAUUUCAGCAUCUUGGUUUCAAAUUAUUUCAUCUUUUGUUUUCCAAUGACGCUAUUACCAUUUUCCUAUCUAAUAUCUCAUGAAAUGCCCAACAUCUUACCGUUGAUAAUGAUCUUGAUCGUCCUGCAUUGUCACUCAUAAAUACAAUGAGUCUGCUCGUAGUACCACCCUUAUUGAUAACAAAGCUUAUGGGCGGUAUUCUGCGGUAUUGUUGAGACUGCAGUCCAGUCGCAUGCGCCACUUGUCUGUGCGUUUCAUUGGGCUUUUAUGCGCCAUUGCGCAGCAUACAGCAAUGUGCCUCACAUGCUGUCUGUACUCGUAUGUACGUGAAGAGGCAAAAGCAGAUAGACUUUUCAGCUAAGCUGGCACUGCGUCGUCUUCUGCGUUGUCUUGUAACGUCCUCUUAGGAAGAAGAGAAACGUUCCUACAAGCCUCAGUUCGCACGGUGUCUUUUAAUGCAGCUGACCGGAGACGGCGUUCUAAGUUUGACGUUCCCUUCUCAGACGUAUAAGCAUCACUUCUUUUUCUUUUUCUUGCCGCCUCCCUUGCCCUUUUUGCCCCCGACCCAUUUGAAGCCGCGGAAG